AUGUCGGGCGGCGUCGACAGCAGCGUCGCCGCCCGCCUUCUCCUCGAGCAAGGCUACGACGUGUCGCCCGUCUUCAUGCGCAACUGGGAGACGCUCGACGAGCAGAGCGGAUCGGGUGGGUGCGAGUGGGAGCGCGACUGGGCCGACGUGCGCCGCGUGUGCGACGAGCACCUCGGCGGCGUCAAGCCCGAGCUCGUCGACCUGUCGCGCGAGUACUGGACGAGCGUGUUCGAGCCGGCGCUCGAGGGUUGGGCGGCGGGCGUGACCCCGAACCCGGACGUGACCUGCAACCAGCACAUCAAGUUCAAGGUCCUCCCCGACCGCCUUCUCGCUCGCGACGCCUCGGCCUGGAUCGCCACGGGCCACUACGCUCAGCUCCUCCCCUCGCCACUACGACCCGCCGAGCCCGCCCUGCAUCGCGCCGCCAACCUCGCCAAGGACCAGUCGCACUACCUCUCGACGUCGCCCCUGUCGGCGCUGCGCAGGACCCUCUUCCCGCUCGGCGGCUUUGCGACCAAGGACGACGUGCGCGACCUCGCGCGCAAGUGGGGGAUGCACACGGGCAACAAGAAGGACAGCAUGGGCAUCUGCUUCGUCGGCGUCCGCAAGGGCUUCUCGUCCUUCCUCGACUCGUACCUCCCUCCUUCACCGGGCACGAUCGAGACCGAGGACGGUCGAGUCGUCGGCGAGCACUCGGGCCUGUGGCGGUACACGGUCGGCGAGGGCGCGAGGCUGUCGGGCUUCCAGCAGAAGAUGUUCGUCGGCCGCAAGGACGCCGAGCGCAACGUCGUCGUCGUCGUUCCCAAGAGCUCGCCGAUGCUGCGCUGCACGACGCUCGAGACGUCCGACUUUCGCUGGACGUCGUCGAGCCAUCCUCCUCCCGAGGUGCACGACGACGCCGGCUUCACCGCCGAGGCGCAGACGCGCUCGCUGCCGGCCGGCGCUCUCGCCGACUGCGUCGUCAAGCUGCGGCACGACGGCAUGCUGCAGAUCUCGCUCAAGGACCCGCUCGUCGGCGUCUCGCCUGGGCAGACGGUCGCUCUCUACCGCGGCUCGUGGUGCUUCGGCGGCGGCACGAUCGCGCGCACGCGCACUCUCGCGGACGUCGAGAGCGACGACGAGGCCCUCUCGAGCGGCAGGGGAGGGCGCUGA